AAGGCCCAUGAUACCAAAUUACUGGUAACAGUUGCUACCAGCUGAGUUAUGUAUAUGAUUGUCAUUGUUACCAAACAUCCUGUAAUGCGAGCAUCGUGACAGGAGUCCCCGUGAGUCCCUUUCCGAAGUCGUUUUGUUGCGAAGAGAAGGAGAAACCUUUAGAUCUGACAGUGACAUUCCGUAAUUUUUAAUCUUUGUUUUCAAAUCUUUUUUUUUUUUUUGGAAAUUUUACUUAUACACUUCUUUUGGUACCAUUUUUUUUCUACACUGUGUAUUUUUUUUUCCUAUUAUUACACAGGAUUAUUAAGUAUAAAUAAUAUCGAUAGAAACUUUAUACUAUAAGAAAACGUUGGAUUAAAACAAGAGAUUAGCGUUUUGGAGUAAAAAUAGGAGAGCUCGAGGUCCAAUGGUGCAAAGUGUUAGCUGUUCAACGGACCAUUAGUCUCCUAUUCCCCAACUUCUAUAAUCUCCCUCCUUCGCAUCUCCACCCUCCAUUUUCAACCUAUAUCCGUACGAUCUCGACACCUGGUGUUUUUGUUGAUUCACACACGUAGUCACAAUUCUCAAUUCUCAAUAUUUUCACAAUUCUCAAUAUUUUUCACAGUUCUCUAAAUAUUAGUAUUAUGAGGAUGCAUUAAUAUUUUUCCCACGAAUGUAGCUUUUGAUGCAUUAAUACAAAGUCUUAAUAUUCUUUUUAACAUCUUUACUCAUCGAUUAUUCUCUGAAAAAUGCAUCCUCUGUUUCUCCCUUCUUCUUCUUCCUCUGCUCUGUUUCUACUUCUUCUCCUCCUCCUCACUCUCCAAACCCUAACCUCCAUCUCUCUCUCACAGCCGGAAGCUCUCCCUUCACUAGAAAAGUGCGGAAACUUCUCAAUCUCUUUCCCUUUCCACCUAUCUUCCUCCUCCCCCGUCCCUUUUCGACUUACUUGCGCAAAUUCAUCAACUCUGUUUCUCCACAUAAACCACCAAAACUAUCGAGUCAUCGAGUUCUUCACAGACGGUCUCCUCGUAGACUUCCCUUCCUCUCCUUGUCGACAAUUCAACGACUUACGCUCUUUCCCUUUCUCCACGAACCAAUUCUUCUCUAUCUCCUUCGAAAACGUUAUCAGUCUUUACGACUGUGAAGACUCCUCCCUCUGCAAAGCCGGUUGCGAAAGCAACGUUCUCUUCGGUUGCGACGGCAGAGAAGAAGAUGAAACCUCCGGUGGAGAUAUAGGAUGUUGCUAUCCUUUGUCUGAUCACAGCGCGUGGCGUCCCGGUGAUGACUUCUCUGUUUUUGGUAAAUAUGGAUGCAGAGGAUUCUCUUCGUGGGUUGUUCCGAGAGGCACGAACAGAGGCAAACGAGGCGUUAAGUUAGAGUGGGCGAUUCCUAGAAACUCCUCAGAGGGUAUUUGCGAUCCUGAGGCUCGAACUGUCAACGCUACAGCCAUUCAAGGAAGUGCUAGAUGUGUGUGCCGAGAUGGGUUUGCUGGCGACGGUUUCGUCCAUGGAAACGGUUGCUUGAGAUCUUGCUACAGAGACGGUAAUGAAGUCUAUGGAAACAAAUGCGAGAUCAAGAAACACAACGGGAAGAAACUAACCGUUUUAGCUGGAGUUUUAGCUCCUCUGUUCAUACUGGGCUCACUCUUAGCACUUUUCUGUCUCCUAAAACGUCCCGUAACAACAACUCACGAAGGCCAACACUUCCACCACUCUCCGACAACAACUACUACGAGUGUUUCGUUUCGCAAAGGUUACACCAAGACUCGUCUCUUCACAUACCGUGAGCUAGAAGAAGCAACUAAAGGGUUUCAAGAUUCACAAAAACUCACACAAGGAAAAACCGGAACUAUCUACUCAGGUAACCUAAAAAACGGAACACGUGUGCUCGUCCACAAGGUUCUCUGUGAAAACCAGAUUGAGUUCUUGGAGAUUUCGUCUCAGAUCGAUCAUCUAUCCGCGGUUUUGCACAGAAACCUCGCGAGAAUCAUAGGUUUCUGUAUGGAUAUUGGAUAUAAUCCGGUCGUUGUUUACGAGUAUCCGGUUAACGGGUCGCUUGAGGAUCGGUUGCGUCUAGGGCUUGAUUGGUGCAAGAGAGUUAACAUUGUGGCUGAAGUAGCUGGUUUACUUGCUCUGCUUCAAUACGAGAACUAUCCACCGAUCUUACACAACAACGUUGGUUCUGGUUACAUCUUCUUAGACGAAGACUUUCAAGCUAAAGUCACAGGUUUUGGAUUACAGAGGAAACAGAGGACGGAUAGUUGUAUGUACGAUGUCGCGGUUUUGCUUCUGGAGAUAGUGACUGGAUCAAAACAGAGAGAAGAGAACGUGACUCAAGCGUUGCAAAGAAUUAGAUGCGGUAAGCUUGAAGAGAUCGUAGAUCCUUCUUUGUAUUUUCAUGAGCAGCCAGUGGUUUAUAGAGAGCAGAUUGGUUUAGUUGCUGAUAUUGCGACGCGGUGCGUUUUGUUUGGUGGUGAUGGGAAGUUUGGGAUGGUUGAUGCGGCUAGAGAGCUGUUGCAGAUCGCUGAAAAUAACGGGGGAGGCGGUUGUGAUAAGAAAGGAGAUGGAAUUGAGGAAACGUUCUCAAAUUCGAGUUUGCUUCAGAUGAUUUCUAUGUCUCCUGACUCUAUCUAUCUCCCUAAGACAUGAGGAAAGAAAACAGAGGUCAUUAAGGGUUUUUAUUUUUGUUUUGUUUUGAAUGUAUGUAACGUAAACAUGCACGGUACGCUUUACUUGACAGUAAAGAAACGUUUUUCUAAUUGAGAGAUGGUGACUGCGAUCAGAGCCGUGCGAGCAUCCAUAGCGAACAUAAGCGGUUAAAAAUAAAAUGUCUUAAUUUUUAUAAAAAUAUAAGUAAUAUUGUCACAGAUGAAAAACACCAACAAGAUACACCAUUCACUCUAAACAUAAUUUAUCCUAUUCUUAUUAUGCAAAUUGAUGACUAAACUUUCAUUUUUAAUAUCCAUAAACCGUUUUAAUGGAAAAUAACCAAUUUCACUUCCUCAUAUUUUUAUCUUAUUUUCUAUUAUUGUCAAUUUUUCUAUUUUAAAAUAUUAUCUGAGUAUUCUACUAAUAAAACAACGGAAAUGUCAUUAGAAAUCCAUAAAACCAUAAGAAUCAAUCUUUUCUUACUUUCUUUACCCAGCCCAUAUUUAGCUUAUCCAAAUUAUUUUAACAUAAAUCCAUAUAUUAUACGUAGAUAUCUUCUCUUAUUUAGGAGUAAAAUUAGUAUACUUAAUUAAAAAUGUUUUAAUCAAAAACAACAACUAUCGCAAAAGAUGCCCUAUUAAGUUUAUAAAACAAAUGCUGCCCUAGGCGAACGCUUCAUUUUUCAUAACAGAGGCACGGCUCUGACUGCGAUUGGUAGUCACGAUUAUAACAACGUGCAUGCAUGCAACGAGAAAGAAGAAUAAAUAAAGAAGGUAAAAAAGUACCAGCGGUGGGAAAAAAAAACCAAACCGAACCGAAACCGAUUCGAACCGAACCAAAGUCUAUUUCAAACCAUUUGAUUGAAGAUUUCCCAACCUGAAUGGUUCGGUUUAAACCGAACCGAAAAACCGAUGUGU